UUCCAUCAGAUUUAGCAGCGAUACGGCAUCUCCCAUCCCUGGUUGUUGUCGUGUUUACUGGGAGGCUCCCUCGUCCCCAAGCAAUCCCAUUAAUCUGCACGCUGCCGUGGGAUCUAAUCAAGGCGAGGCACCUAAUCCCGGCAACCUGUCCGCCUUCAAGCGGACGAGAAUCGACAACCGCCGUGGUCUUUUUCACACUCUCCGGGACGCAUGUAGUUCAUUCAGCUUGAUUCGAUCCGGCUUCGAUAAGGCAGGCGGCUCUCAUUGUUCUAAGGGUGAACUGCUCAAAGAAGAAGAGAGAAGACGUAGGGACCGCGGGGGGCUGCGAAUGUUUUUAGACAGUUUUGCCUCACUUCACGCCUAAUGGAUAAGGUUUUUUCACCAGCAAGGUCAAACUUAAUGGCUCAUUUGGACAUUUCCUCACGUGUCAAGUACGAAUCCAGGCUUGUGGAUGAAAUUAUUUUUUAUUUAUUGGCAAGUGCGCAAAUUUGAAUUCAUACUGAGAAAUCUCAAUCAUAAGUGCUGGUGGCGCCAUGCUGACGCGACUGUUCAAUGAGCCGUCGCUGCUGGCGGAUGCACGCAAGUUCCCGGGCUGGGUGGAUGACAGUGGCAGUGAGGACUCCAAGACCAACGACAAGGACGAGCAGGACCCCUGUCGUUUGGGACUAGAUGAGGACCUGGACGAGGAGGGCGAUGGUAAGGGUGUCAGAGUUGGGCGAUCAGCAGCAGGUGAUGAGGACGACGACGACGACGAUGACGAUGAAGGUGGCAACGAUGACGACGAGGAUGGUGGUACAGAUCGGCCCAAGAAGCGUGGCCCGAAGAAGCGCAAGAUGACUCCGGCACGUCUUGAACGCUCUAAGAUGCGACGGCAGAAGGCAAAUGCUCGGGAGCGAACACGCAUGCAUGACCUGAACUCUGCGUUGGACAACCUGCGCAAGGUAGUUCCAUGCUACUCCAAGACCCAGAAGCUGUCCAAAAUUGAAACACUGCGCCUGGCCAAGAACUACAUCUGGGCACUGUCUGAGAUCCUGCGCAAUGGCAAGCGGCCCGAUGUGGUCUCCUACGUCCAGACAUUGUGCAAGGGCCUGUCGCAGCCCACCACCAACCUGGUGGCUGGCUGCCUGCAGCUGAGUGCCCGCAACUUCCUGACUGAGCCGGGCAGCCAGGAUGGUGUUCGAGCGUUUCAUGCUGAGACGCCCUUCCAGUACCCAUACCAGUGCGCCAGGCUGGGCACCCAAGGUCCAACCCUGCCGACUACGCCAUGCUCAGCUGCCCACGCCCUCCGGGGCCACUCCUACUGCCCACCUUAUGACUACGCCGCCUCGCCGGACUAUGCCAGCCCUGAGUAUGAUGGCGCACCCCAUAGCCCGACGCUCUGCGUCAAUGGCAACUUUGCCUUUCGACAGGAUGCCCCCGCAGUAUCGCCAGACGCAGAGCGGCCCUUCCAUCACCAUCACCACCAUCAUCACUACUCUAUGCACUACCAGCGCACUGCUGUCCCGUAUGGAGGCACCUCGGGAGCUCGCGGUGGCGCUUCGGAAAAUGCCCCACCCUUUCAUGAUGUGCACGGGCCACCUUAUGAGGAGCUGAACUCCUUUUUUCACAAUUGAAGCUUCUUAGACUGGGUGGGAAAGCUACUAAAUAAAAAAAAAUAUAUGUUUUUUUUUUCAUCCCAAAAACUUUAAAUUUCCAUAAUGCUCGUGUGUCAGUGGCAGAAAAAAAACUGCUUUUCUACAAAAAGAAUGGACUUUUAUCUUGCUUUUUUGUUAAUCGUCGUCACGGAACUAUAAUGGACCAAAAUGUGGAAAAAAUUAAUAAAUGGAUUCAAACAAG